AUGUUCUCCUUCAUGAAGAUCGCCACCUUUGCCGCCCUCGCGUUCGGCACCAUCGCGUCGGCCGUUCCGGCUCCUGCUCCUGCUGCCGAGACUGGCGAGCUUACGGCUCGCGCUGGACAGGACCUCACCACCAUCCUCACCAACCUGAACAAUGCUCUUCAGACGCCGGCCAACACCCUCAACAGUAUGACGGCGGACACUGCGACGGCGAACAACGUCAACGCGCCCGUGCAGCAGAUGGCGACGCUGAUCCAGGAUGCUACUACUGCGGCGAACAGCUCGUCUGGCCUCGGCUCAGGCAACAUCCUCCUGCUCAUCUCGGUUACUAUCCAGAUCGUCAUUUCGUCGUGCGGAAAGUGUUACUCUGCCUCGAAGAGUAGCGUUGACGUCCUCGUCGUGCUCCAGAUUCUCGACCCCAUUCUGGCUGCACUUGUCUCUCUCGUACUCAAGCUCGUGGCUGGCGUCCUCACCGUUGUCAUCGGUCUCCUCGUCGGCCUUCUCGGCACCGUUGUCGACCUUGUCCUCUCCCUCAAGUUCACGGUGCUUGCCAAGGUCCUCCUCAUUCUCUGA